AGCAUUUGCGUAAACUGUUUGUUGUGUUGACUUUAUCAAGCAGAACGUGUUGAAAUUGCGAAGCCAAGAUGUUCACCACUUUGAUGGCGCGAACUGCGGCCCUUUCGAUGACCGUCUACUUGACCAGUCGCAUUGGAGUUUGGGGCAAAACGGAGGAGAGCGACCGCCUUUUGCGGCAGGUGACCACGGGUCUCCAUCCACUGACUGGUUUUCUGCGACGAGUGCUGCCCUUCGAGCAGAGCGACCUCAGCGUGGGCCAACUGGCCAGGGAGUACUACAAUCAGGGGGUCAAGGGCACCUUCUAUAUCAUCCGGAAUAUACCCAACUAUUCCGGAGAUCUGGCCGAAAAUGCCAAGCUCGGUUACUAUGAUUUGGUUCAGAAAAGCCAGGAGUUGCGUCACCAAAACAUUGGCUGGUUAAACACUUCCAAGGAUAUUGGAAAACCGAAGGAUCAGCUCAAGGAUCCUGCUGCCGGAGAUGGACUUUCCAAGGAGUUCGUCGUUAUCGAGAGACCGGGGAUUAUAGAAGAGUUUUCGGGGGAUGGCAAAGUUGUUCUUAAACACAGUGCAGAGUAGGAGAUUGAAAACACGAAAAAAAAACAAUAUGAAGCCACAAAAAGUCUUGCCCUUUGCCAAAUCAAAUUGUUAAAUCCUUGGGUAAAGAAGUAUUUAAAUCGGAUUUGAACUUUCUAUUAAGCAAUACUAAAAAAAAUACACUUAAAACAAAACUUAAUAAAGCAAUUGCAGCAGAAAA